AUGCCUCCUCGAAAGGUGAAACGCCUCUCCAUCGACGAGAUAUCGAUAAUUACCCUCGACGAUCAUGCCAGCAUCGACAGCGGUGAAGCAGCGAACCAGCCGUUCUUCGGUAAGAGUCAACAGCCACUGCCAUCUCAUACAUCGUCGAUCACUUGGAAGAGCAAUGCGGUCAAGGAAAAGGAGGAGUACGAACGAGUCAAGCAGCGUGUCCGACAUCUUGCCCCAGAGCAGUUCCGCGUGAAUGCGAAGCCUGGUCGAGGCCCGUCGCAGAUUUUCCCUCGCAACGCGGGCGAAUGGGUCGCCCAUAAGAAGGAGAUACUUACAAUGGCCGAGGCUGAGAAACAGAAGAACUGCGACUUACUCAAAGCCCAAAUCCUGGCCCAAGAAAAGAUGCCAAAGCACCAGAGAAAACUCAAGUCGGUUUUCGGCAAGGAUGGCAAGGUCUUCGAGGACGGUCUGAGUCCCGUACUCGGUCUCCCCACCGUCUGGUCCGCCGAAUACCUGGAUGAGCCUGCACACUGGCCGAGCGCGGGAGAGUUACAGUGGAAUGGCGACAGCAGAGAGUGCGUGCUUGCAAAGACGAAAUGCGGCCGCUUCCUUCCUCCCCCGCGGGUGUCUGCGGCGGAACCAUCUGCACCGUUCCAGGAGCAGCCGUUCCUGAGACAGCUCCCGUUCGACCAAACUGGACCCAUCUUCUCGACUGGACCUCGACCCGACGAAAUCCACUCCAACAAUGCCAUGAUGAACGACGAUCCGGAUUUCGAGGUUGCUGGGCAGUUUUAUCUCGGAUCGGAGCUGAUGUCGGAGCUGGGUGAAUGGGAACCAAUCUUCGUUCCAGACUGGCAACAAGAGCAGCGCGCAAUGAGUGAAGAGCUGGCGAUUCAGGGCGAUUACAUGGAGCAGGGUGCAGGCCCGACGAUAGGCUAUGGUGGAUACUCAGACUUGAAUGUGGGAGACUGGUACGAGGGAAAUGUCCAAGACCUGGCCUGGGAAGACUAUCCAGUCUGGUGGUGA